GGACUCUGGGUACCGCAGCCUGGCAGACAUUGUCGUGGCCACCCCCGGCCGGCUGGUGGACCACAUGGACCAGACGCCAGGAUUCAGCCUCAGGCAGUUGCGCUUUCUGAUCAUCGAUGAAGCUGACCGGAUGAUUGACAGCAUGCACCAGUCCUGGCUGCCACGGGUGGUGAAAGCCGUUUUCCAAGGUGACGUUGCCCCAGGCUCCAGCCCACUAUUCCUGAGGGUGGAACCCCGAGCUAUAACUGCUGCCAGCACAAGCCAGCCUCAGAUGCCACUCCAGAAGCUACUGUUCUCAGCCACGCUGACUCGGAAUCCUGAGAAGCUUCAGGAGUUGGGCCUCUACCAGCCCCGGCUCUUCUCCACUGGCUUGGAGACCCAGGGAUCCACAGCUCAGCCAAGGACCGAGCAGGAUGGGGAGGGGAAGUAUGCCUUCCCUGCAGGGCUCUCGCAUUUCUAUGUGCCCUGCACUCUCAAUUCCAAGCCCCUGGUCAUCCUGCACUUGAUGCAGAACAUGAAGUUCUCCCGGGUUCUGUGCUUCACCAACUCCCGGGAGCACUCACACAGGUUGUUCUUGCUGGUCAAAGCCUUUGGGGGGGUACCUGUGGCUGAGUUCUCCUCCAGACUCGGACCAGGCCAGAGGAAGAUGAUCCUGAAGCAGUUUGAACAGGGCAAGAUUCAGCUCUUGAUCAGCACAGACGCCACCGCUCGAGGGAUCGACGUGAAGGGAGUGAGACUUGUGAUCAACUAUGACGCCCCACAGUACAUCAGGACCUAUGUGCAUCGGGUAGGCAGAACAGCCAGAGCUGGGAAUACAGGGCUGGCAUUCACUCUGCUCCUGAAAGUACAGGAGCAGAAAUUCCUUCAGAUGCUGAGAGAGGCAAGAGCUCCAGAGCUGGGAAAGCAUCUAAUCCGGAGUGAGCACCUUAAGUCCCUGGUGCCUCAGUAUGAGGAAGCGUUGUCUGAGCUCCAGAAAACCAUCCGGGAUGAAUGGAAACAAAAGAAGGCCUGAGUCUGGCAGGGAAUGGAUGACGUGUGCUGGGUGAAGCCCAUAGACGCAUUGUGGGAACAGUAUAUAGAGCUGCUGAUCCGCUGGGCCUUGGGGACUGGCGCGUACCUGAUGGCACACAUAGGCAUGGUCUGAGGACUCGAUCACUGUCUGGAACUGCCUUCUGAAAAUGAGCCACCGAGCCCAGUAAUUGCUGGGCUGCCAAUCAUAGUGGGGAUGGGGUAAGAGAACUUAAUUUUACAGAGUCUUCAUACUUGUUUUAAGUACUGAUCUCAAGUGAAGCAAGAAAAUGGGACACAUCCAGGCAGGUUCUGGAUGAAUGUAAUGGAGGGGACAUUCUCCUGGCCAAGCAGUGGCAUACAGCCUGAAUACCUAAACUUCAGAUACUAGUGCUGGUGGGGGCCAGAGAUCACGGAGGUGGUUGGGACCUUCACAGAGACAAGGUCAAGGGACUUCAGAAAUGGAAACCAUGUCCAUCCUAUUGAAGAGGAAGAGAAAUGACUAAGGUCGUCAGGCUGGAUUCAGGUCAACUGUCAACCCAUGUCAGCGAUGGGGAGGCAAAUGUCAUUCCAUCUGAGUGAAUCCCGGGGUGCUUCUGGGCCGUUUAUUCAUUGAGUUUCCAAAAUUACAGAUUUUACCAUGCACACCAUAUUAAAUUGGAAAGAAUGCCACCAACUAUAAAAAUGUACACUUUAUUACACUCUCUGUUUGGUAGGAUACAUCACAAUUCCAUACAAUCCUACAAAGCAAGUACAAGCGCUCACAUUCAUCCAUAAUUUAUACUUGGCCCUGCCUUCCUAGUACCAGCUGACCACUGGGAGAGAGAGAUUUUUAUUAAAAGUUAAGAAAGGUG